AUGAGAAAGCAGUUCAAAGGCUCUCGAAGUGGACACCAUCAUUAUCUUCAGAGACUACGAUCAAAGUUGCUUACAGCACUUUACUCAAACACACAUGGAGUUGCCGCAGCAUUCACUAUUCAGAAUAAUAUUAUACAAGUCAACCCAUCACUCACUCGCCAGUCAAAGUCGUCGAUCUACUAUCACCGCAAGAAAUUGAGUGCUCAAGGAACGUAUCAUCCUCUUCUUCAUGGUGGAAAACGAUACUCUCUGCUUGAUGAUGUCAGGUUUGAGCAGCUGAAGGAUUUCCUCCAUAGAUACAUACUCGAGGCGCAACCAGAGAGUCUCAAAGAGAUAGUUGACCAUGUCAACACUCAGGUCGAGGACAUCCAGUUCAGCAGAUCAUACAUACGAAACGUCAUCUCAGAACACCUGAUGUUCUCGUGGAAGGUGCCAAUCACAGUCCAGCAUCAGAAGUUCACCUUGGAGAACCUAGAGAGAUAUGUCUACUUCUGUCAUUGGAUCAGCCAAGUCGAUCUUGAUUCUGUUUACUGGCUUGAUGAAUCUACCUUUGAGUCCAAGAAGUGUUGGAAGAGAAAGUUGUUGGCCCCUAGAGGCAGAGUGCAACCCAUUCGCGUCAACAGAGAGUCCUUCAGGGAGUCCUUCUCGUUGAUGGCCAUGAUCUCAAUCAACCACGGAUCCUACGCGAGGAUGAAGGACCAUACUGAGGGUGACACCAACAACAGCAUCACCUUCUGCUCAUUCAUCAUCAAUGCCAUGGAGGCUGACUACAUCCGACCCAAUACCUACAUCGUGCUCGACAAUGCCAGUAUCCACACACAGAGGGACCGCCUCCCUCUCAUCCAGGAGAUGCUUGAUUUGAUCAAUGUCAAGUUGGUGUUCUUGCCAACCUAUAGCCCUGAGCUCAACAUCAUCGAACUGUUGUUCGCGAUGAUGAAGAGAGAGUGCCGAGAUAAGAACAGAACUGCAUCCUUCCUCGACACAAUCUCUUCAUCAUCGCGAACUGCAUCCUUCCUCGACACAAUCAAAAACGCGUUCAACAAGUAUUCUAGCGAUCCUACUACAAUACUCAACUGGUGUCACAAGUGCUACAAUAGAUAA